UGUGGCUCGCAGAACUACAAUAAUCAGACAGGAAAAGCUUCCCAUUUUCAAAUGAUAAGUGUAGAAAUGGCCGUAUCAGACCCAACAUCUUUCCAACGACUGUUUCAAAGGGUUGCUUCAGCUCAGUUUAGGAGGCCUCUCCUUCAUCUAGUGUCCUCUCAAGAAGGCAGACAAAGGUACCUCACCCAAUGUGUUCCUCUUCACAAAGCAGCACUAAGGGGUGACUGGAAAGAGGCGAAGAAAAUAUUAGAUGAAGAUUGGACGCUGCUGAAUACUGCCAUAACAAAAGGGUGGGCAACAGUGCUCCAUGUUGCAGUGGGAGCAAACCAUGAACGCUUCGUGGAGGAGCUCGUGAAAGUAAUGACCCGAGAAGAUUUAGAAUUGCAGGAUGACAAGGGAAACACCGCAUUCUGUUUCGCAACUGCUGUGGGGAACGUUAACAUUGCUGAGAUCAUGCGCAGAAAAAAUGAAUCUUUGCCAACAAUAAGGGGUGGACUAGGUGUCACUCCUCUUCACUUGGCCCUUUUACAAGGAAGAAGGGAAAUGGCUGAGUAUUUGUUUCCUAAAACUAAAGAAAUACUCUACGAUGAUGAUUGGGUUACACUGUUCCUCAUCUGUAUUGACUCCGGACUCUAUGAACUGGCUCUGGAGAUGCUAAAGGAGAAGGAAUCGUUAGCUUUUGCUCGGGCUGAAAACGGUGAGACAGGUUUACACAUUUUGGCUCGAAAGCCUUCUAAUAGCGGUUCCGGAAGUCUACUUCAGUAUCCAAAACAGCUCUUGCACAAGUGCAUCAAGCUGAAAGAUCCUCCAGCACUCGAACUUACAAAACAGUUGUGGAAAAUAUUUCUUCAGCUAGAGGAUUCUGAGAUGAUGGAAGCAAUAAGAGAACCUUCACAAGUAACAUUUCUUGCUGCAGAAGUGGGAAAUUUCGAGUUUCUAUCAGUGAUUAUGAGCACUUACCCCGAUUUAUUAUGGGAGUUAAAUACAAUGGGUCGGAGUAUAAUUCAUGUUGCUGCCUUGCACCGACAUGCAAGUAUCUUCAAUUUAAUACAUGAAUUAGGUCCAAUCAAAGAAUUUCUAUUCACCUUUGUGGAUGAUGAAGGUAGCACCUUACUCCAUUGUGUUGCAGAAAUAGCACGACCAGAUCGACUUAAUAUAGUUUCUGGAGCAGCUUUUCAGAUGAUGUUAGAAUUGACGUGGUUUGAGGAGGUGAAAAAGAUCAUGCAACCACUGUAUAUAGAGCUUCCGAACAAUGAAGGCAUUAUUCCUCAAGACCUAUUCACCAAUAAACAUGAAGAUUUGUUGAAAAAGGGAGAGUCAUGGAUGAAACGAACAGCAAGUUCUUGCAUGGUGGUUUCGACUCUAAUAGCUACAGGAGUGUUUUCUGCUGCCUUCAGCGUCCCAGGUGGUACCAAGGAUGAGACAGGAUCUCCCAAUUAUUUGAAAAAACCUUUAUUCACAGUGUUUGCAUUCUCAGAUGCAUUGGCAUUGAUCUCUUCUUCCACCUCAACUCUGAUUUUCUUGUCCAUUCUAAUCUCACGAUAUGCUGAACAAGACUUUCUCAGUUCUCUACCAUUCAAGUUGAUUUCUGGAUUAGUGACUCUUUUUGUCUCCAUAAUCAGCAUGAUGGUAGCAUUCAGCAGUGCUUUCUUCAUAACCUAUUACCAUGGUUCAAAAGGGGUUCCUUUUUCCAUUGCUGUACUUGCCUUUUUACCAAUAUGCUUAUUUAUAUGCCUGCAGUUUCGUCUCUGGCAUGACAUAGUGUAUUCACACUAUAUUUGUAAUUCUCUGUUUAGACCUAGUAAACGCAUGAUUCAGUAGAAAGAUUGAGCUUUUGUUCAGGAAUCUAUACUGCUAAAAAUGAUAAUUUUAUAUGUAAUUAGUAAAAUG